AUGUAUCACAGUCAGGCUAACUAUUGUACUCCACCAAAGUCCAUCCUCAUAUUGAACUCUUGCUUGAUGGCCUUCUCGCCUGUUCACGUGACUCGCUCAGCUUUCUUGCUGGCCAUAGCGGCUAUUGGCUCAGGAAUGUCUAUACUCAAAGUCACACGCAGUAAGGCUUUAUUUAUCUUACUAUACCAUCCCUUCGUGCUUGUUCAGCAGCUCAGUGGACUGAUAUUCAUCGAUAUGAGUGAUCGAAAUGGUUCCAUCCCUGCUGAAAUACCGGCUAGUACCAGUGAAACAACCCGGCCCGGUUCGGAUGAAAAGCCCCUCGAAGACGAGGUUUUUGCUCAGCUACAGUCUCAUCCUUACAUGGGCUCGGAUAUCUCCUUGCUCGAACUCAUCCGUAAAACGGACUAUCUGCAGCGGUAUCCCAGCUGGCUCGCCUACUGCGGACCGGAAAACAAAAAAACGUUCUCGCCUACUUACAUUGCUCGUAACGAUACGAUAUGGGUCUUUUUGUUUUGA